CAAGCACUUGGCAACGAAAAGAGCGUUGAAAACAAACCUGUUCCGAUUAUCGCCGCUAAUUCCAAUCUACAAAUGGCCUACUUUUCAGCUUAAUAAUGUCUUUUAAACCAAGGAGCAAGACUACUUUUGGAAUUCCACCGAAAACUCAGGCUUCAGAAGUUAUUUUAGACACUCGUAGCUUUGUUCGGCAAGCACCRACUGGGCCUCGAGACAAACCGUGUAACACAGCACAGCAAAGACUUUGGAKCGAUAUCACAAAUUUAGAUACCACAAACAUCGAGAAAACAGAUGAUGAAUACAACAGCAAUAUGUGGAAAAACUUCAAGUUUGUUAGACCAAAGGCAAGUGCUGGUAGCUUUGCUCAUACGAGAGGCAUCUCAACUCCAAAAAGGCACAAAGUUUUGCCCAUGUACAAGAAGCCGAACGUCGACGAGGACCCUCGCGUUCGCAACAUGAUUGCAGACACAUAUCCACUAAAAUUACCUAAACCUUCCAAAAUUGGUGGCAGUACGUACUCUAAAUUCCUUAACGAGGCUAAUUUACGUGAGCAAAAGCGACAAAGRAUCGGUCUUCAACUCGCAAAAACUCAAGGGUUGCAAGACCGUGUUUUGAAGAUUCGAAGUGAAUGUAGGGCACCGCCGGUGAACUUAGAAGGAGAAAUCCUCCCUCCCCCGGAAUUCAAGAARUAUCAGCACAAGGUUGUAGACUAUAUAGARGAUGAAACAUUGCUAGAGCCGAAGCCUUUGAGCUAUGUGGCGCAAACGUCUAGACCGUAUACCGGGUCCCCCUCCGGUUCCCGAGCUUCAUCGCCUUGGAAACAUGGUGUUAUGGGGAAUUCAAAUGCAGAAUAUAGAUGGAUUGAUAGACUAUAGAUCAAAAUUUCAAAUAAAUUGGAAGAUUAAAAGAUGCUAUGAGAAAAUUACAAUGAUAAGGGUGAUCAAAUGUAAGUAAAAAGAAUGGCAACUGUGUGAAAUAGGAGUAAAGUGAAAUGGGAAAWAUAACGAGAUAUGGAAGCAAUAUUUUUUUGGCAAAAGGAACAAAACAUGAAAGUUAAAGAAAUAAGUUAAAAGGUAACGUACAAUAAAAUAUAACAAAAUGCAGAAAAAUGGACAAAAAAGAAAAKAAAGAAAAG